CUUGCACACGAUAGAGUAGCAUGGACAGCUGCAUCAAACCAGUCUCUGGACUGAAGACCACAACAACAACAACAACAAACUGAUGAAGUGGCUCCUAGGCAAGAAAAUCGGUCGUUAAAUAAAAUAUUUGCAAAGGACACUCAAGCGGUCGUUAUUCAACAUGACUACUUCUGGCUGCGGUUGAUCCUCAUUACAAGGUAGGUUCGACAGCACUUACAUAUGUAAGGGCCGGGUGAGCUGACAUGCAAAUGCCCAUGGUUUCACGCACCUGACCUAUUGCAGUGCUGCUGAAGUUCCCUGGAAUAUUGAUAACACCGCUGAUUGCCGAUCGAUUGGUCGUGCAAACUUACAGAGGCUGACAAUGAUGGUCUAAUGUUGUGACAGCUGGCCACCGUCUCUACAGAUAGUAGCCAACUCGUGGAGGUAACUCACUUGGUGCCAAACCGUCAUUGCAGCCUUUACUAGUUAAUAAUAAACAGACAUAUGAAUGAAUGUUUUUCUUUAUUUGCAAGGUAAUGAUUAAUCUGUGUAUUUAAUGAGCAGAACAUAACGGUGAAUCGGAAGUACGUGGGCCUCACCAAUUAUCUAAGGAAGACUGUGACCAUCAUUCACUUGGUGGAAUCUUACAACAGAAACAAUCUCGACUAUACGUUUCCAGAAGUUACACAGGCCGCCGUGUUGCUGAUGCGCAUACAGAGAUAAGUGGACUCACCUAGGCAGGCGGUGUGUGCGUGACUACCGACUUAUCUGCACUCAGGUGCAGGACGUUAUCGUCUUAUCGCAGCAGACGCGGGCAUAAAUAACUGGGCAGCAGCUGGCGAGCGAGUACUUCACGCAACACGACACCGCACUGCUAGUCGGUUAACAGCUCCUUGACAUCGUCGUUAUUCGUACUGCAGACGCCAGAAGCCGUCAAUCAUGGUGAAUGGUCGGAAAAUCGUCAUCACGAGCCCCUUCAAAGGAGAGCCAAAAAUUACUGACUUCAAAAUCGAGACCGAAGAACUCCCAGCGUUGCAGGAUGGCCAAAUACUGUGCGAGGCAGAAUACAUCAGCGUGGACCCAUACCAGCGGGCGUACUCCCAGAGGCAUAAGGUCGGCGCCACCAUGUUAGGAUCACAGGUGUCGCGGAUAGUGGAGAGCCGGUCACCGGACUAUCCAGUAGGACGCCAUGUCGUCGGCUACUGGGGCUGGUGCGACCGCACAGUGGUGAACCCAGCAGCGAAGGGUGGUGAAAUUCUGCCACCGAUGCUGGUGCAGAACUACGGAGACCUGCCGCUGUCUCUGUCGCUGGGAGUGUUGGGCAUGCCUGGAGCUACAGCCUACUUCGGACUGCUGGACAUCUGCGACCCUAAGCCUGGCGAGACGGUGGUCGUCAGUGGCGCGGCAGGAGCUGUAGGGUCCAUUGUCGGGCAGAUAGCUCGCAUCAAGGGCUGCAAGGUCAUCGGCAUAGCAGGCUCUGACGUAAAGGUCAAGUGGCUGAAGGAGGAGCUAGGGUUCGACCAUGCCUUCAACUACAAGACGGUGAACGUGGACAAGGCGCUGAAGGAGGCUGCCCCAAAUGGCGUCGACGUCUACUUCGACAACGUGGGAGGCGAACAGAGCAGUGCGGUGAUUGCCAACAUGAAGCACCGCGGCCGCAUCUCCGUGUGUGGCUGCAUCUCGUCCUACAACGAGUCGAAGGUGCCCCUGGCGCCCGUCAUACAGAGGUACAUGGUGGGGAAGGAGCUCAAGAUGGAGGGGUUCUUUGUGGGGCGCUGGUUGGACAGCUGGGACCAGGCGUUCAAGGAGAUGGCGCAGUGGAUCAAAGAGGGCAAACUCAAGUACAAGGAGACCGUUACGGAAGGCUUCCAGAACACGCCGAAAGCUUUCAUUGGCAUGCUCAGGGGCGAGAACUUGGGCAAAGCGGUUGUCAAAGUGUGAGUUGAUUUUCACGCUUGAUAAAUGCUCCUCGCUCCAUUGAAGAUAUGAAGGACUCUGGUGAUUCAACGAACUGAAAUAGUACGUGUUAAAUCAUCAGCAAAAAGAAUAGAAUUUGC